CAGGGGCACACAUAUACACAUACAACCUGGUCUUUUCUCUGUAGCCGUGAUAGACCUAGGUUAUCUGGGUCCCUUUGGACUGGUCCCUCCCCAUCUCUCAAGGGCCUUUGCCCCUCACCAACAGGCCACCUGAUGAUGGGCUGGUCAUUUGGCCCCACCGAGAUGGACACGUGGUCACAACCUUCUGUGCACCUGUGGAAGAUCUCUACCCUGGAGGAGAUAACCUUGACCUUGGAAAAUCUCUAACUGAAACAGAGAACAGAAAACAGGUGCAGGGUGGGGCUGGAGGCAUUUCCCCGGAGCUGAUGAGACCAAAACAUGCUUCGGUUUCACUGUUUAGAUUAAAAAUUGCCCUUUCAUCCAUCACAAGGUCCCUUCUCUCUGGUCACUCAUGGACACUGCAGCUUCCAUAGACAAAUGGAAAUAGCCACAGAGCCAGAGAAGAGGGUUAGGAAGGAGACUGAGAAGCCAAAAGAAAGCUUUUAACCUUUAUCACCAAUUCUUUUUCUAAGCAAAUGGGUGUGCUCAGUCUCCUGUGGUUGGCAGGUGUGGCCAGAGCAUCCCCUGGUGAGAGCUGGUGCCCCCACUACUUAAACGUUUCUCUAUGUCUUGUCUCUGGAGAAUUAACAAUUUUUGGAGUCCCCCCACCCACAACACAAGGUUCACUUCUCUCAUGGACUGGAUCCGUUUUUUUAGUGCCAUCAAGGAGGGGUUCAGCUCCCCUCCAAGUCUUUCUUGUUGCAGAGUUGGCUCUGCUAGGGUGGUCUAUCAGGACCUGGUGGCUUAGAGUCACAGCACGUUAAUAAGAGAUUGCUAGAACUGAUUUCGAGCUGUUCAAUCCCAGAGAAAUUCCCUACACAUUUAAUUUCUCUGAGCUACUAAUCAGGAGGUUCCCUCAGGGCUGAGUGGGAUUCCCCGAGCGGCUAUUCUGUUCUCACCAACCUUCCAGCAGAACCUUUGUGGAAAAAGAGAGAUGGGGGCCCAGAGCUCGAGCCACCUGGGGGAGAGACGGCGCCAGUACCUGAGAGGCCGGACAGAAGCUUUCCUGAACGACUUCAUGCCGCAUUACCGAAGGCAGCUUGCUGCGGCCUUUCUGAGGCAAAUCUCCAGAGAACUGAUGCCUCAGGGAGAGCCAGGCUUCCAGCUAUUGAAGAGUGAAAAGCCUCCCCAGGCCGUGAUGCAUGAAGGGAUUCUGACCCACUUGCAAAGGAACUCCCCGAAAUGGAAGGAGAGCUACUGGGUCCUAUGUGGAGACUCUUCUCUAGAGUGGUUUGGCAGUAAAGAGGAACAGAAAUGUGGUGAUGAGCCACAGGGGUCUAUUGCAUUGACUGGUUACAAACUAGUGACCUCAUGGAAGGAAUGUCUCUAUCAUGGUUCAACAGGGAACCAUCUCAUUCAAGAUCCAGAUCCAAUCAUCGAGCCCCCUUUGGGAUUUCCCAUCUAUCUCUGUCACCCUUUCCGCCAGCCCCUUUGCAUAUGCACAGACACGGUAGAAUCCCAGGACAGCUGGAAAUCUGUCCUGAGAGAUGGGAUUCGGCGCCGGGGCACAGUUUUACAGAGAAGAGAAUCCCCCGACACGGAGGCCUUUCUGGAGGCAGUGAAGUCUUACAGGCAGGAGAAAGGCAUUUAUGGAGUCGACAGCCUCCUUUUGGGCACCGAUGCAGAGGUUCUCACCAAUCUGCUGAUGCGAGAUCUGUUGCCAAAGCUUCGGGCCCAGAAGCCAGCCAUGCUCAGGGGUGUGGGAAGUCGGAGGAAAUGGGCCUGGCGGAAGUUCUUAGAUGAAGUUUAUAUUCUAGUAUUAAAGCUGGUCUCCUCUGAACUCCAAAAUUUCCAUCAAGAAAAGGAAGAACUCCAGAAAGAGUUGGAGAAGAAAAUUCGUCCUGAUGCGGAUCAGAUGCUUGCAUUAAGCAAUCAGAUUGCUCAAAAACUUCAAACAAUGGUAUGUGGCCCUGUUGAGUCCUCCCUCAGCCGGGAAGUAGAGCCUCAGCUGGCCUGGGUGAUGGAGGAGCUUCUUCACCCUGUUCACCAAGGGAUUGGUAUGAUUGGUACCCUCCUUGUCCAUCGAAUGGACAGUCUGAUCAGAAAUGUGCAGAGAAGUCGGGUUGUUGCUGUACUGAAAGAGGAGGUUUGCUCAUUGGGAAAUUUGCCCUGGGACUUAGAACUGAUGCAGCCAUGCUACCAGAAAGCAGAGCUCUAUUGGGGCAGUCUUCAGGGUUUGAAGGAGAGAUUUGGUUUCCAUGGCACUAAAAACCUUGUCUUUAGUGCUCAGGAUCUCAUGCAACAGCUGAUGGAGAAUGCUGUGUACACCUUCCAACAGCUUUCAGCCCAACAUGUGUUCUCAGCCACUCGCCGAAGACACGUCCUCUGCAUGCUGGAGAAGGUCAAGGGGCGUGUGUUAAAAAAAUUUGAGUCUGACUGCAGAUUUGCUCAAAAGCGUUUUGUUCAAGAAUGGCUCGUCCAGAUUUUCCUUCCUUUCUUGCUGAGAAGAAUGGAGGUGAACUGCAAAGUGGAGUUGCAUAAGUAUGAGAAAGAUGUGUUUGCAGACUAUAGUCACAUCAUCACCAUUGAAAAUAUUUAUGAAGAUGUAGUCCUGAGUUUCCUGAACCAGAAGGUGAACAGAGGAAUAGAUACAGCAGCUGAACUAAGGGCCUUCCAUCCUGGGAAGAAGGAGGUGACUGCAGAGACAUGUGCUCCUGCUGCACUUUCCAUGUGGAAUUUAGAAACCAUUCAUUCUUCUCUGCAGUGGGACCUAGACACCUGCCAAGAUCUCCAAAAUUCCCAUUGUGAAGGAAGUCAGGAAGAAAUUGGGAGAAGUAGUAGGGAAACCUGCUCUAUUCAGUGGCCACCUGAAUUGCUGGACAAGGACCCAGAUGAGACUGAAAGGAGCAAUCUUUUGGAAGGGUUGACUAUAGCCAUGGACAUGGACAUUUUCCAGACAGAUCUAUUAGAAAUGGAUAUGAAAGAGAAGAGUAACAUCACUGAGUGGAGCCAGCCCACAGAGUUUUUGAAAUCCCAAUGCCCAGGCAGUGAGGCAGGUGACGUACAAACACAGCUGAUGGUGGAUGGCAUAUACUCCAAUAUUGCUGUAAAGACUCUACAUGGAGAAAUAAGGAAAGGAAAGGCAGUGAUCAUGGAAACACUUGAAGGGGAAAUAUUAUGAAAAAGGGCCACAUUAUCCAUCCUGGAGGAAAGGCAUCCAGCCUUCUGUUGAUGACAAUUAGGAGACAUCUAUCUACUCUGAAAACCAAAAUUCAGGGCAGCCUCUCCUAAGCUCAGGGACAAAAACAAAAAUAAUUUCAUGGGAUUCUACUUCUCUAUACAAGAAGGGAAAAUGUCAAGGUCAAAUAAUGAUAAAGGCUUUGGAAUAAUAAACACAUUGAUACAAGUUAAAUAAUUUAGUAUUUCAUAGCAUAAAUCUCAUUGGGGUCAUGCUCUCAGGAUUUCACAGAAUUUUAGAAGAAUGAAGGAAAUAAGAAAAAAAAUUAAACACAUACAUAUGCCAAGUAUUAUGAUCAGCACUUUAAAGGUAUUAUCUUAUUUGGUCUUCACAAUAACCCUAUAAAGUAGGUGCUAUAAUU